AUGACUCUAGUGACGAAAACAAGGAGGGAUACCAGUGAUGCAAUGUUGUGGCACCGACGACUGGGGCACCUCAACCGGCAGGAUCUUUCAUCGCUUGUCAAUGUGGGCGAGCUAGAGUUCUGUGAAGUGUGUACAGCUUCUAAGAUGCUUGAAGUCGCAGUGCCUAAGAAGACUGGCAGCAGAGCAUCGGCAGUGGGGCAACGGGUCUUCAGUGACAUUCAGGGACCAUUUGAAGUACCGAGUAUGCAUGGUGCACGCUAUGCCUUGAGCUUCAUCGACGACUUCAGUCGGCUGGUUGUGGUCAAGUAUCUGGCGAAGAAGAGUGAUACUCUACUGAAGUUCCAGGAGUUUGUGGCUGAGCAUGGAGCACCGAAGUGCCUGCGAACUGACAAUGGAGAAUGGUCUAGCAGAGCGCUACAACAGUGUGAUCAUCGAGAUGACUCGAUGUCUGCUGCCCGAGGCAAAGCUACCGAAGAUGUUCUGGGUGCGAUCAAUGUCGACAGCUGUGAGGGUUCGCAACUUGUGUCCCACAUCCAGCAACGAGAAGCGCCUUUCACCGAGAGAGAUGCACUAUGGGCAACCAUGAAAAAUCUAGAGACAAUACGAGUGGUGCGAGCAGGAAGCGUGACAUUCAAUGAGAACAUCAUUCCACAUGACUUCAUGGUUGACAGUGAGCCAUUACAAACCCUAGAGCUAUCAAUCGAGGGGUGCAUUGAUAUUGAGCAACCAAGCACGACGAAAACCAGCGAAGCACGAAGCCCGCCAACUGAGGGUGAUACUGCAGAUUCAGUGGGGGCUACUGAGAAAAAUCAGGCCGAGGAAGAAGCAGUAGAUUCACAUUCUACUGAUCAUCGAGUGCAGAGGUCCGUUAGGAUAAGGAACCCACCCAUUCGAUACGGACUGGCCUAUGACAAUGCUUCAGUGACUGAAAUUCAAGAGCCAAGAGGCUAUUCAGAAGAAGUGUCUGGACCCGAAAAGGAGCAGUGGCUGGAUAUAAUGGUUUUAGAGACCACAAUCUCGAACUUGCGUGUCUUCGGUUGCCUGGCGAACUAUCUGGAUCGAGGCAACAGACGGAAACUGGAUCCAAAGGGUAAGAAAAGCAAGUUCAUCAGGUACGACGAGGAGAGCAAAGCCUACCUGCUGAUAGAUCUAGAGACAAGACGAGUGGUGCGAGCAAGAAGCGUGACAUUCAAUGAAAACUUCAUUCCAGAUGACUUCAGAUGGACACAAUCUCGAAACGUUAUCUCUGGACGAUGGGUUCUUGCUGUAAAUAGAGAUGCGAUGGGACAAGUGGAGCGGCUCAAAGCCCGACAUGUAGUGAAAAGUUUCAUGCAAGUGGAAGGACUUGACUUCAAUGAGACGUUCGCUCCAACCAGUAAACCCGAAACAAAGAGGAUACUGCUGGCUCUGGGGGCACAAGAUGAUCUUGUACUUCAUCAGAUGGUUGUUAAGUCAGCCUUUCUCAACUCUCCUCAAGCAGACCAGUGUACAUGGAGCAGCCAGAGGGCUUCAGCAGCGACAGGCAGGAAGAGACUGGUAUCAGACGCUGAAUAUCAAGACGAAGUUGACAAGCUGAGGAGCCGUUUCUCCGUACGAUUCAAGAUGGAUGACAGAGGCGCAUUGUCCUGGCGCCUGGGAAUGCAGGUCAAGCGGUCACCUGGGACGGACAAACUAGCGGACAUCAGCGCACAACUGUCGAAGAAGGACUGCCCUGAAGCUGGGUCAGCAGAGGCAGUAUCCAUGAAGGCUGAGGACUUUUACAGAGGUAUUGUGGGCUCAUCAUUAAGGUCAACUACUGGCUACAGCUUUCAUUUGCGGAAGGUAGGGGCAGCAAUUAGUUGGAGCAACAAGAAGCAACCAACUGCAGCCAUAUCUACCAGUGAGGCUGAGUAUCAAGCAAUGGCUGCAGUGGUUCAAGAGGCUCUAUAUCUGCGAUCACUUCUCGAUGAGAUGGGCGUAGUUAUUGACGGACCAACUGUCAUCAAGGAGCUGAACCAGAGCUGUAUCAAGAUGUGCAAGAAUCCUGUGAUGCAGAAGCGAACGAAACACAUCGAUAGGAAACACCACUUUGUUCGAGAAUGA